AAAAUCUAAAUGAAGUCGUUCAUUAUGCCAAUAAAAUUCCCGGAAUAAAAUUACGGCGUUUAUUAAUAAUAAAACACCGGUUAUGACAUGUGUUUCGAGAUAGUUUUGGAAUGUGACGAAUAACAUCAAAUUUUGAGGCUGUUUAAGUCCAGAAAAGAGUGUUGUGAGGGAGAAGGAAAUGUCCCAUCGAGGAACAGUGCUGUCUCUGUAUAGACAAAUCCUACGUAUGUCUAGAGAAUGGCAGUCCUUGUCCGGAAACUUGCAAGACACACAAGAGGAACGCAAGUACAUCUUUAAUGAAGCAUGCACUCUGUUUCGUGAAAACAAAAAUGUGACCAACCCUAAAGAAAUUGCAGAACAUGUGAGGGAAGCUGAGACUCGUAUAGCAUUAGCUCUGCACUAUGGCAUUCCGUAUCCUCGACAGAUUCACCUGCAGCAGUCAAGUCUUCCUCCCAGUAAAAGAGGGAUAAAAUCUUUCAAGAAAUCACAGAAAAAAGCAGCUGAAGAAUCACAACCUAUUUAUAUGAAAUCCUAUGGAGAGAAGAAUUUUGAAAAUCAGUAGAGAUCUGCACCUUGCUGAAGGAAUUGUUAGACAUGGCUAGCAAACUUGUACAGUUGGCAUGGCAACAAGACAACUCAGAAAACAAAGCGUAACAAAGGAAAAAAAAAUCAUGUAAGAAAAACCAGCAGAAUUCUGAGAACUGGCUCUGAGAAUCAACUUUGAAAACCAACCUAGUUUUUUUGUAAACUGUUGGUUUGAUUGGCUGAUCUUAACAAUGUUCUGGAGAAUUUGAAACCAUAAGCUGUCAUGUCUAUCACCGUUUCUGUGUGUGUGUGUGUGUUAGUAUGUGUGCUUGAAGCGCUCAUAAAGAAUCUGCUAAUAAUGGAAAUAGAAAAGAAGCAAUAACUGCAACUGUCUCUAAUCUGGCUGUAAAAUAUUAACGUGUGUGUGUGUGUGUGUGUGAGUGAGUGAGUGAAUGAAUGUGUGUGUGUGUGAUUGUGUAAAAGUGUGAGUGUGUGUGUAUGUGAAUGUAUGUGUGUAUGAUUCACAUGUAUGUGUGUGAUAUUGUAAAUUGAUUCCUGUACAGACAAACUAUUAUGAUCAGGAUUUCAAACUAUAUUGACAUACUUUGUGUUGUACCUUAUUACAUAAAGGCACAUAACUCUACUUGCCUCAGUCUGCUGAGCUGACAGUAGGUUCAGUGUCAAGUGUUCUAUUACUAGAAAGGACACACAACCAUGAAAUAAAAGAAAAUUAUUUCCCUAAAUUUAAAAGUACACAAAAGAAAUACCUUUAACAACAAUAAAACAAUGCAAAACAAAAUAAAAUAAAAUACAUUUUAUGAAUUCUUA